AUGUCCGCAAUCUCACUCGUGAUCUGCUUGGUGAUGCUGCUCAGUCUGGGGUCCAAGUUUGUCAAGGUCGUCCCCCACGAAAACGUCCUACCAAAGGCCAUCAAAGCCUUGAGCACGGCGGCCCGGAACGGGUUCAAGCUCGACCACGCCAAGGAGUCCUACCAACAACAAAAGCACGGCCACGGCGUCCCCUGGGAUGACCGUUUCAUCGACGAACUCAAGACGGGACUGACAGCCUGCCGGGUGAUCUUCUCCUUCGCCUUCUUCUACCUCUCCAUCACCCAAAUGUACAACAACCUGAUCUCCCAAGCCGGCCAAAUGAACCUACACGGCGUGCCCAACGACAUGAUCCAAGCGAUGGCCGGCGUAGCCUGCGUUCUCUUCGGCCCCCUCAUCCAAGCCCUCUACAACGCCCUCGCGCAGCGGCGCAUCCGCUUCGGCCCGAUCGCGCGCAUCUCCACGGCCUUCCUCAUCUGCGGCGGCGGCAUGGCCUACGCGGCCGGGGUGCAGCGCCUGAUAUACGAUGCGGGGCCGUGCUAUGACGCGCCGCUGGCUUGUGCGGCGUCGGAGGGGGGCAGGACGCCCAAUGAGGUCAAUGUGUGGGUGCAGCUGCCGGUGUAUGUGGCGUUGGCGGUGGCGGAGAUCUUUGGGCUGGUGACGGCCAGUGAGUAUUCGUAUGAGAAGGCGCCGCGGGGGAUGCGGAGUGUGGUGCAGGCGAUGGUGCAGUUGAGUGCUGGGGUGGGCGCGUUGUUGGGGAUGGCGAUCAGUCCCGCGGCGCGGGACCCGUGGCUGGUGGCGGUCUAUGCGGCGCUGGCGGGUGCGAUGGGGGUGUGCUCGUUGUUGUUUUGGUGGUUCUUUCGGAAGUAUGAUCGGAUUGAUGAUCAGUUGAAUCGGAUUAUUGAUGGGACGUUGGAGAAGCAGGGAGCACAGGGGGAGCAGAAGACACAGGGAGCACAGGGGGGGCCAACUGAGCGGGAGGGUUAA